UGUUGCUGUUCUGUGGUGGUGGGGUUGCAGAAUUGAAAGUUGUUAAAACAGAUUCGUCAAUCUCUGAAACACAAAAGAGUUCAUCAAGAAAUUACCGGAAUAUUUAUACAUUAACCACAAAAUGGGGGACGACGGAUCGUGGAGAACAUCGGCUUUUAGGCAGAGUGUAGUUGCAAAAAUUGAGGAAGCAAUUCGUCAAUCAGGAAUGAAUACGUCACGAAACAGCUUGGAAAUGGAAAACCACGUAUUCCAGAAAGCAAAAAGCAAGGAGGAAUAUUUGGGUUAUGUGGCACGAUUAAUUUUACAUGUUCGAGAAAUGAACACAAAAAAGGGAACUGGAAUGGGUGUUCCUGGAGCAAACCAAGGUGGCCCUGGUGUACCAGAUCCGAUAAACGCUUUACAAACAUUAGCAAUACAAGGCACUCGUAACCCUCUGAUGACAAUGGGAGGACAACAGCAAGGUCCCAUGGGAGCACAGCAACAAAUUACUGCAACCAACUUGCUACAAAACUUGAACCGUGGUCCAGGCCAACCCAUGAAUAACAUGCAGCAAGGGUUACAACCACGACCCAACAUAGGAAUGGGGCCAAACGGGGGUCCAAUGCCAAAUCAAAUGAGUAAUCAAAUGGGUCAAAUGAACACGCAAAUUUCAAAUCAAAUGGCCAGUCAGUUAGGUGGCCAAAUGCCCAACAAUGGCAUUAACCAAAUCCCUAAUAAUGGGAUGAAUCAGAUGCCUAGUCAGAUGGGGAAUCAAAUGCAAGGUUCAGUACAAAAUCAAAUCGGCAAUCAAAUAUCAAACCAAUUGCCUGGGCAAAUACAGAUGGCAGGGCCCAUGCAAAGUGCUAUUAAUGGCCCCAUGGGAAAUCAAAUGCAGAACCAGAUUUUGGGACAAAUGCAAGCCAAUAAGCCUGCAGGAAUGAUGAUGGUGAAUGCUCCUAAUACAGGAUUUCCUAGGAAUCCAACCCCAAAUUCAUUCUUAAAACGCAGCCCAUCGCCCUCGGUCCAGUCUCCAGCUGGUUUGAGUGGAGCGCCAACUAGUAACCAAAUGGUGGCGUCUCCAGCAUUAGCACCAUCACCCAGCUCUCAAAUGAGCAUAUUGGGGGCAGGAGGACCUCCAAGGUCUGUUGGCAUGGUACCAAGCCCUGGAAGUUCUUUAAACACUCCAGGGCAGCCUAACCAGAGCCCCAUGGGGAUGCAAGAUGAACAAGCAUAUCGUGAAAAAGUCAGACAGCUAAGCAAAUACAUUGAACCACUUAGGAAGAUGAUAGCUCGAAUGGGAAAUGAUGGUGAACAUGUGGAAAAAUUAAGUAAGAUGAAAAAGUUACUCGAAAUCUUAUCAAAUCCUCAACAGAGAAUGCCAUUGGAAACUUUAAAGAAAUGUGAGGUGGUUUUGGAAAAAUUGGAUUUUAAGAGAGGUGAUGGUAGCGUUCCCACGUCUACAAGCGCUCACUUGCCCAUAAAAGAACAUCACGUGUUCAAUCCACUCCUUGAAGCAGUCAGUAAUAAUUUACAGAGCUCUGUGAUCAAUCACACAUUGCACAGGACUUUUGGACCAACAUUAGAAGCGUUGUUUGGCCCUGAAAUAAAAUUGGUGCCCCCAUUGAAGAAAAUUAAACUUGAGGAACCCACCAGUGACAUUCCAGAUGUGCUUCAAGGUGAAAUCGCGCGACUUGACCAAAGGUUUAAGGUUUCUCUUGAUCCAAAUCAGCAACCUGGUUCAAAAUCCAUACAGUUGACAUGUUGGUUGGAUGAUAAACAAUUACCCUGUGUCCCUCCAAUAUCAUUGGUUGUUCCUGAGGAUUAUCCAAAGUCAGCUCCUAGUUGCCAUAUGGCAGCUCAUGAAUAUAACGCGACUCAGUUUCUGUCUGCUGUCCAAACCGCUCUUUUGGCAAGAAUUAAGAAAUUACCGAAAUAUUUUUCAGUUUCUCAGUUAUUAGAUACUUGGGAAAUGAGUGUGAGGCAAGCUUCAGCACCAACCAGUGUACCAGUCUUUCCAACAACGAUUUUGAUGGGUCUGUAAAAUAAAAGAUGUAUAAUUUAAUUUUUACAUAGAAUCUGGGUUUUUAAAUUUUAUAAAGUAACAAUGAUAAACCAAUAAGACAUUUUAAAUAGUCGAAAUAAAUAGUAGGUAUUCUAUUAUUGUAAAUAUUAUGUAUACUAUAUGUACUUCUUGAUUAAUGUAUUAGUUGUAUUUAGCUGCAUAUCGCAAUACACUCUAAUUAGAAUCUUAAAGAUUUAACAAGUCAUUCUUUAAUGUGAUUUAUGACAAUAUUUUUUCAGCAAACAAAUAUAGCAUCACACUAGUUUAAGGAAGCGCAGUCAGUUGCAGACGUGAAGCCUUUUCCAUAUCUUUUACAUUUAUACAGGAUAUAUCCCACCAUGGGAAUAAAGAUAGAUACUCGCUUUUUGUAAGCUUUUGAAAAGAUAUUUUGCCGCGUUGUGGCAGAACUCGUAGUUGAUAGUUUUUUAGCAUUUCGCAAUAAGGUAAUAUGAAUAAAAAAUGUAACUUUC